GUCUGUACCAUCAACCUGCGACCUCGAGUCCUUUCUGCGACUUCCCUCGAGUUACGACUGCGCUGCUGCCGCUGUCGCGCCCCUAAUCCCUUUGCCCCCAAAUACCCACCGAUCGAGAAUCGAAAACCAUCAAGAUGGCGAAUCUCAACUUCACGCACUCGGAUGCGCCGCUGCGCACGAUCCAGGAGGUACAAUUUGGCUUGUUAUCGCCUGAGGAGAUCAAGAACAUGAGCGUGGCUCAUAUCCUAUACCCCGAGACCAUGGACGAGAGUCGAUUGAAGCCACGAGAAAGCGGACUCAACGAUCCUCGACUUGGUUCUAUCGACAGACAGUUCAAGUGCGCUACUUGCGAGCAGAACAUGUCUGAGUGUCCUGGUCAUUUCGGUCAUAUUGAGCUCGCCAAGCCAGUUUUUCACCCAGGUUUUAUUAAGAAGACGAAGAAGCUGCUGGAGAUGGUUUGCCACAACUGUGGUAAAGUAUUGCUAGAUAAAGGCAAUCCGGCAUUCCAUGCAGCUGUUCAAAUUCGAGAUCCGAAGCGUAAGUUCGAUACGAUCUGGCGACUUUGCAAGCCGAAGAUGAUCUGCGACAGCGAUGUCCCUAAUGAAGAUGAGUUCGGUGGCGAUCCCAAGGAAGCUGUGAAGCGUUCUCAUGGAGGUUGUGGAAAUACUCAGCCCGAAGUGCGCCAACAGGCUCUGCAGCUUUGGGGUACAUGGAAGAUGCCAAAGGACGAAGAGAAUGAAAGCUCAACCUCAGAGAAGAGACAAAUUACUCCAGAGAUGGCACUUAAUGUCUUCCGGAGCAUAUCUAAGGAAGAGAUUGAGGCUAUUGGCCUGAACUACGAUUACGCUCGUCCGGACUGGAUGAUCAUCACAGUCCUUCCAGUUCCUCCUCCACCGGUCAGACCAAGUAUUUCCAUGGACGGCACAAGCACGGGCAUGCGCGGAGAAGAUGAUUUGACCUACAAGCUUGGUGAUAUCAUUCGUGCGAACGGCAACGUCAAGCAGGCACAACAAGAGGGCUCUCCUGCGCAUAUCCUACAAGACUUUGAGCAGUUGCUACAAUAUCAUGUUGCUACAUAUAUGGAUAACGAUAUUGCGGGUGUCCCUCAGGCUUUGCAGAAGUCAGGUAGACCUGUCAAGUCCAUCCGAGCUCGUCUAAAGGGUAAGGAAGGUCGUCUUCGUGGUAACUUGAUGGGUAAGCGUGUGGACUUUUCUGCGCGUACCGUCAUUACUGGAGACCCAAAUUUGUCCUUGGACGAAGUUGGUGUACCGCGAAGCAUUGCUCGUACCCUCACUUAUCCUGAGACUGUUACGCCCUACAACAUCGGCAAGCUGCAUCAACUUGUGCAGAAUGGCCCGAACGAGCAUCCUGGUGCAAAGUACGUCAUCCGCUCCGAUGGAACUCGUAUCGAUCUGCGACAUCACAAGCGUGCAGGUGCCAUCUCUUUGGAAUAUGGGUGGAAGGUUGAGAGACACAUUGUUGAUGGAGAUUUCAUUAUCUUCAAUCGUCAGCCUUCGCUGCACAAGGAGUCCAUGAUGGGUCACAGAGUCAAGGUCAUGCCUUAUUCGACUUUCCGACUCAACUUGUCUGUCACUUCGCCCUACAAUGCCGAUUUCGAUGGAGACGAAAUGAACUUGCACGUCCCACAGACUGAGGAAACUCGCGCUGAAGUCAUGAAUCUUUGCAUGGUGCCACUCAACAUCGUCUCUCCUCAACGUAACGGUCCUCUGAUGGGUAUCGUGCAAGAUACAUUGGCCGGUGUUUACAAGCUUUGCCGACGUGAUGUAUUCAUUACAAAGGAGCAUCUUAUGAAUAUCUUGCUCUGGGUUCCAGAUUGGGAUGGCGUGAUCCCUCAACCAGCCAUUCUCAAGCCUCGCCCAAGAUGGACUGGAAAGCAAGUCAUCAGCAUGAUCAUCCCAAAGAUUGUCAACCUUCACAUGCCAAAUGAAGAGCGCGAGGACGCUCCGUUGAAGGACGACGGUCUGCUGAUUCACGAGGGAGAGUUGAUGUUCGGUCUUCUUGCUAAGAAGAACGUUGGAGCUACUGGUGGUGGUAUUAUCCAUAUCAUCUUCAACGAACAAGGAUGGGAACAGGCAAUGGCCUUUUUCAACGGUUGUCAACGCGUUGUCAACUACUGGCUCCUCCACAAUGGUUUUAGUAUCGGUAUCGGUGACACGAUUCCUGACAAGUCUACCAUCGACAAGAUCGAAGAUGCAAUCCAGACUCAGAAGGAUGAAGUCGCGAAGCUCACCGCAAUGGCCACCGCCAAUGAGCUUGAGUCGCUUCCUGGUAUGAACGUUCGUGAGACUUUUGAGUCUCAAGUGUCCAAGGCAUUGAACACAGCUCGUGAUCAAGCUGGUACCAGAACACAAAAGAGUUUGAAGGAUCUCAACAACGCUGUCACCAUGGCCAGUUCAGGUUCCAAGGGAUCUACCAUCAAUAUCUCUCAAAUGACAGCUUUGGUCGGUCAACAGUCCGUUGAGGGAAAGCGCAUCCCCUUCGGCUUUAAGUAUCGCACUCUUCCCCACUUCACCAAGGAUGAUUAUUCCCCUGAAUCGCGUGGCUUCGUUGAGAAUUCUUACCUCCGAGGUUUGACGCCGACUGAAUUCUUCUUCCAUGCAAUGGCUGGUCGUGAAGGUCUUAUUGAUACUGCUGUCAAGACUGCCGAAACUGGUUACAUCCAACGUCGUCUUGUCAAGGCUCUCGAAGAUGUUAUGGCGAAGUACGACGGCACGGUUAGAAAUUCUCUUGGCGAUAUUGUUCAAUUCGUCUAUGGUGAAGAUGGUCUUGACGGUGUUCACAUUGAGAAGCAGAACGUUGAUUCCAUCAAUCUGAAUGACAAGAAGUUCGCUGAGCGUUAUCGUCUUGAUGUCAUGGAUGACAGCAAUCCCAUCAACUCCGAGCUCUUGGAGCAUGCACAAGACCUUUCUGGCGAUCUCGCUAUACAAGAACUCUUGGAUCAAGAAUGGGAGCAGCUGAACAAGGAUCGUGAGAUGUUGCGAUGGGUCAAUCUCAGAAAGAAGGACGACGAGGCGAUGCAACUUCCUAUGAAUGUUGUUCGAAUCAUCGAUAGUGCGAAGAGACUUUUCAAGGUCGAUGACUCGCAGCGUAGUGACUUACACCCCGCCGAAGUCAUUCCUCAGGUCCAAGCACUCCUGGAUCGUAUGGUUAUUGUCCGUGGUGAGGACGAUUUGUCACGAGAAGCUCAAGAAAACGCUACGCUGUUGAUCAAGGCUCAAUUACGAUCUCGACUUGCUUUCAAGCGUGUGGCAUUGCAUAUGCGCCUGAACAAGUUGGCAUUCGCACACGUUCUCGGCGAACUCGAGAGUCGUUUCACAAGAGCUCUUGUCAACCCUGGUGAGAUGGUCGGUGUUUUGGCUGCGCAAUCUAUUGGAGAGCCAGCUACCCAGAUGACUUUGAACACCUUCCAUUUCGCAGGUGUGUCCUCUAAGAACGUUACUCUUGGUGUGCCUCGUCUCAAGGAAAUUCUCAAUAUUGCCACCAACAUCAAGACGCCUUCUAUGGUCGUGUACCAGGAAGGUGGAGAAGCUGGGCAAGAAACUGCCAAAUUGUUGCGAAGUGCUGUCGAGCAUACCAAUUUGCGUUCCGUCACUGCUGCCACAGAGAUUUACCACGACCCCGAGAUCACCAAUACAACGAUUGAUGCUGAUGUUGAUAUGGUUGAGUCUUACUUCAUCAUUCCUGAGGACCAUCACGAUGCACCUGAACUCCAGUCAAGAUGGCUUCUUCGUCUUAUUCUUGACCGUCAAAAGAUGCUGGACAAGGGUCUAAAGGUCGAAGAUGUGGCUAUGAAGAUCAAGGAAAGUUACCAGAAGGAUCUGGCUGUUAUCUUCAGUGACAACAACGCUGAAGAGCAGGUCAUUCGUAUUCGAAUGAUCAAGCAACCCGACUCGAAAUAUGAUGACGAUGACGUCGAAGAAGACAUCAUGCUCAAGCGUCUCGAAGCUCAUCUUCUCGCCUCCUUAACUCUUCGUGGUGUUAAUGGUAUUGAUCGCGCUUUCCUGAACAAAGAGACCAAGCUCAUCACCACACCAGAAGGUGGUCUACUUGCCAAGAAGGGCGAUCCCCGCUGUGAAGAGUGGUAUCUUGAUACUAGUGGUACAGCCCUUGCUGCUGUCUUGGCUGUACCUGGUGUAGAUACCACACGUACCUACUCGAAUCAUUUCGUGCAAGUUCUUGAGGUUUUUGGCAUUGAAGCUACUCGUUCUGCGCUUAUGCGCGAGUUGACUCAGGUGUUAGCUUUCGAUGGUUCUUAUGUUAACCAUCGCCAUCUUGCACUCUUGGUUGAUGUCAUGACUGCUCGUGGUCAUCUAAUGGCUAUUACUCGUCAUGGUAUCAAUCGUGCUGAUACUGGUGCUUUGAUGAGAUGUUCCUUCGAAGAGACAGUCGAAAUCCUGCUCGAGGCUGCUGCUGUUGGUGAAUUGGAUGACUGUCGCGGUAUUUCUGAAAAUGUUAUGCUUGGUCAAUUGGCACCCAUGGGAACUGGUGAGCUCGAGGUUCUUCUGGAUCCAAAGAUGCUUGAGACUGUCAUGUCUGACAAUGGACGAAUGGGUCUUAUGCCAGGUCUCACGGUCAAGGGUGCGGAUGGCGGUGCUGCUACUCCUUACGAUACUGGGUCUCCUCUUUCAGAGAGUGGCUACAGUGGCACACCAAAUUACGAGUCGCAAUUCUCGCCUAUCCAAGCUGGUGGCUCACAAACCCCCAGUGGCUUCGAGACAUCUUACACCCCGAAUGCGUACAGCCAAGGAGGCCAGAGCCCAUAUUCGGCCCGAAGCCCAGCUCACUACUCCCCAACAUCACCUUUCAGCACGAGCCCAGUAUCUCCCGGUUUCUCGCCAACAAGCCCUGGUUACAGUCCAACCUCACCUCUCAUGGGUGGUGCAAGCCCUGGCUAUGCUGCUUCUCCUCGGUGGUCGCCAGUUUCACCCGCUUUUACACCAACCUCGCCGGCUUACAGUCCCACAUCACCGUCCUUUGUGUCUCCAACUAGUCCUUCAUACUCACCGACAUCACCAAAUUACUCUCCAACCUCUCCCAACCUUCAUGUAUCUCCAAGCUCUCCAAACUACAGCCCCACCUCUCCAAGCUAUUCACCCACAUCGCCAAACUACAGCCCAUCUUCGCCCAAUUUCUCACCGAACAAGACUUCACCAGGAUCAGGCUUAUCUCCCACAAGCCCAGUCUACAGUCCAAGUUCGCCAAAUUGGAGCCCAACCAGUCCUGCUCAGGGUGCUGUCACGUCGCCCAAAUACUCCCCAACCAGCCCUUCCUAUUCACCAACAAGUCCCCAGUUCUCGCCUACAUCUCCCCGCUCUUAGGAGCUUUGCGACCUUUACCUUUUUCAAUGUACAACAAUACGAAGCGUCUCACAAAAAGAAAAAAGAAGAUUUGCAUUCAGGCGUUUGGGGUUUUCGCGUUACCUUUUGUUUCGGGGACACG